AUGUCGUUGUUUUGGCCUUCGGAUUCUGAAUUUGGUCGAUUUGAGAAUUCCGUUUCUAAUUUAUUCGAUGACUUCUUCAAUGAUCUCAGCAUAGCUAGACGUACCGGCAAUUUAACCAGUAAAGGCAAUCGAAAUUAUAACAGAUCUUGGGCACCUCCUCUUGAUGUUCACGAAACCGAAAAAGAAUUCAUCGUUAAUGCCGAGUUACCUGGUGUCAGUAAAGAUCAAAUAAAUGUCGAUGUUCGUGACAAAGCUCUUGUGAUUUCGGGUGAAACCAAGCAAGAUCAAAAGUAUAAAGAAGGAAAUACACAUAUUCAAGAACGUCGUUAUGGCUCUUUUUCUCGUACUAUUUCCCUUCCGCAGAAUGCCAAGUCUGAUGAAAUUACAGCAAAAUUUGAUCAAGGCAUUCUCGAGGUAAAAAUUCCAAAAGGAGAAACACCUGGUAGCAAGAAAAUCACUGUUCAGUAG